AUGGAUUGGCAACCGCAAGAUGAGCCAUUGAGGCAGCUCGCCUGCUGCCUCAGAGAUUCUCUCAAUGGUCAAGACAAUGCGAUCCGAAAACAGGCCGAAGAGAUGCUUUCUCAUGCGACUUCUUCCCCAGACUAUGUCAACUAUAUCACCUACAUUUUCUCGACGCCGCAGCCGCCCUCCGGCGUCGGAAUGGACGAGGCCACUUACAACCUUGUGCGUUUCACCGCAACCAUGAAUAUGAAGACGAAACUCUACAUGGCCUACCACACGAUUCCUGAGCAAAGCCUGAACUUCAUCAGAUCCGCCGCUCUCGUUUCCCUGCGGGACAGCAACCAACAGGUCCAGCGAGGUGCGGGGAGUAUCAUUACGGAACUGGUGCAGCGCGGUGGACUGCUGGCUUGGCCCGAGGUUCUGCAUGAACUUCUUGCUCUGGUCGGUAACAGUUCCGGUGAUGUGCCGCUCUCUACCCAGGAGGCUUCCAUGGCUGCGCUGUUCAAGGUGUGCGAGGAUAACCGCAAGGUCCUGGAUCGCGAUUAUAACGGACAGCGCCCGCUCGAUGUGAUUAUCCCCAAGCUGUUGGAAUUCACCGGUCGCCAGAGUCCCCGAGUCCGCUCGCUUGCUCUCAACAGUAUUCACAUUUUCCUCCCUCACAAGCCCCAGGCUUUGAUGAGCUCCCUGGAUCUUUUCUUGUCGCAGCUUUUCAACCUGUCUGGAGAUCAGGACACCGAGGUGCGCAAGAUGGUGUGCCAGUCAUUUUCCCAGUUGGUCGAGUUCGCCCCCGAGAAGCUGAUCCCCCAUAUGGAGGGUCUGGUCAACUAUAUUCUCAUCCAGCAGCAGAACGGGGAGGAUCCCGAGCUUGCUCUGGAUGCCGCCGAGUUCUGGAUUGUCUCAGGAGAGCAGGAUCUCCUACGGGAUUCACUGGGUCCGUUUAUGCCCAAGGUUAUCCCGGUUUUGCUCCGGAACAUGAUCUAUGAGGAGGAUGACGUACUUCGUUUGAUGGAAGAUGGAGAUGAUGCGGAUUCCGAGGAUCGUGCGGAGGACCUGAAGCCGCAGUUUGCCAAGUCGAAGGCCAGCCGUCUGGAUAUGUCUAAGCAGGGUGAUGGAGCCAAUGGUGGUGCUCAACAGCAACAGGAGCAGGAACAGGAUGAGGAUGACUUGAGUGACGGCGAGAUCGAAGACUCGGAGUUUGGAGAUGACCCUGAGGAUGAGUGGACGCUGCGAAAAUGCUCCGCUGCUGCGCUAGAUGUCUUUUCGAAUGUGUACCACGACCCUAUCUUUGAGAUCAUUCUGCCGUACCUUAAGGAAACUCUGCGACAUGCGCAGUGGCCUAACCGCGAAGCUGCUGUUCUGACAUUGGGCGCAGUCGCAGAUGGCUGUAUGAAUGCUGUCACCCCUCACCUUGCUGAGCUGGUUCCCUACCUGAUUUCUCUGCUGAACGAUGCUCAGCCCGUUGUGCGUCAGAUUACCUGUUGGUGCUUGGGCCGUUAUUCAGAAUGGGCGUCACACCUCCAGGACCCAUCUGAGAAGGAGCGCUUCUUUGAGCCGAUGAUGGAGGGUAUUCUUCAUCGCAUGCUUGACAACAACAAGAAGGUUCAGGAAGCUGCCGCAUCCGCCUUUGCUAGUCUAGAAGAGAAGUCAGAUGAUAAUCUCAUCCCUUACUGUGCGCCCAUCCUCCGUCAAUUUGUCCAAUGUUUUGACAAGUACAAGGACCGCAACAUGUAUAUUCUUUAUGACUGCGUGCAGACCCUUGCUGAGUGUGUCGGAAACGAACUGGCGAAACCUGAGCUCGUCGAUAUCUUGAUGCCUGCCCUGAUCACCCGCUACAACCAAGUCACCGAUCAGUCUCGCGAGUUGUUCCCGCUGCUCGAGUGUCUUGGGUAUGUUGCUGCAGCCUACGAGGAUGCUUUCUCUUCUUUCGCGGCCCCUAUUUUCCAACGUUGCGUGAAGAUUAUUUAUCAGAACCUCGAGGAGGCCAUCGCUUCAGCAAAUAACCCUGCGGCGGAUGAGCCUGAUAAGGAUUUCUUGGUUACUAGUCUUGAUCUUCUCUCAUGUAUCAUCCAAGCCAUUGACUCGGAAAAGAGCGGCGAGCUUGUGGCCAACUCCCAGCCACGUUUCUUUGACCUUCUCUGCUACUGUAUGCAAGAUCUCAACUACGAGGUUCGCCAGUCCUCCUACGCCCUCCUGGGUGACUGCGCCAUCAGCAUUUUCUCUCAUAUGGAUCCAUUUGUCCCUACCAUUAUGCCGAUUCUCAUCAAGCAGCUUGACCUCGAUCUCAUUCCCGAUGACGACAGGCAUACCGGUUUCAGUGUUCUUAACAACGCGUGCUGGUCCUGCGGUGAGAUUGCCGUGCACGAGAAAAAGUCCGACCUUGCUCCUCACGCCGAAAAGUUGUACCAGGGUCUUCUGAGUAUCAUUGACAACCAGGAGAUUAUCGAUUCUGUGAAUGAGAAUGCCGCUAUGGCACUCGGUCGCCUUGGUCUCUGCUGCGCCGACCAGUUGGCACCACGCUUGAGCGAAUACGCCAACAUCUUCCUUAAAUCUAUGAGUAGAAUUGAGUUCAGUCGCGAGAAGGCAUCUGCCUUCCUUGGCUUUAACCAAGUCGUGAUGAAGAACCCUCAAGCCAUGGAGUCAUCUCUCGGAACCUACUUUGCGGCCAUCGCGGCGUGCGGAAGCAAGUCGCUUGCUUUACAUGAUGACUACCGGGAUAUCCACACCUCAUUCCAACAGGUUUUGCAAGGCUACAAAAAUAUGAUACCCAACUUCGAUUCGUUCCUCUCUCAGUUGCCCCCUCACGUGAACCAAAAGCUACGUUCAGCCUACCAGAUUUAA